GCCCAAAUUGGUGUUUGUUAUGGCAUGGUUGGCGACAACUUACCGCUCCACCCAGAAGUCAUAGCUCUCUACAACCAAUACAACAUCCGAAGGAUGAGACUCUACAACCCGACUAAAGCUGCGCUCCAAGCCCUCCAAUGCACCAAUAUUGAGGUCAUGCUCGGCGUCCCCAACACCGAUCUCCAGCGCAUUGCCGCCAGCCAGGACAAUGCCAACGCUUGGGUCCAAAACAACGUCAAGAACUACGCCAACGUUAAGCUCCGCUACAUAGCCGUUGGGAACGAAGUUAAGCCCUCAGAUUCUUUUUCACAGUUUCUAGUCCCCGCCAUGCAGAACAUCCAAAAUGUACUUGCGGUCGCCGGACUUGGAAUCAAAGUUUCCACGGCUAUUGACAUCGGUACCCUCGGAGAAUCUUCCCCUCCAUCCAACGGAUCUUUCAAGGGCGAAUAUAUGCCGAUUCUUCACCCUGUAAUCCGUUUCUUGAUGAACACACAAGCUCCAUUGCAGGUCAACUUGUACCCUUACUACAGAUACAUAGGCAACAACACUAAGGACAUGCCCCUUAAUUACGCCCUCUUCGCGGCUCCGUCGCCCGUGGUGCAAGACGGGUCUCUACAGUACCCUAAUCUUUUCGAUGCAAUUCUUGAUGCAGUCUAUGCUGCGCCCAGUGUUUUUUAUACUCCGCCCAUCGAGACAUACAUUUUUGCCAUGUUUGAUGAGAAUAACAAGGAACCGGAGUAUAAAAAACACUGGGGGCUGUUUUCUCCAAACAAGCAGCUUAAAUAUCCAGUCAACUUUAAUUAAGGAAGUAGGGAAAAUAAGGGUAUUUAAGUUGU